AUGAACUUCUCCGGCAAGUACCAACUACAGAGCCAGGAAAACUUUGAGGCCUUCAUGAAGGCAGUCGGUCUGCCUGACGAACUCAUCCAGAAGGGGAAGGACAUCAAGGGGGUGUCGGAGAUCGUGCAGAACGGGAAGCACUUCAAACUCACCAUCACCACGGGGUCCAAAGUGAUCCAAAAUGAGUUCACUUUGGGGGAGGAGUGUGAGCUGGAGACCAUGACUGGGGAGAAGGUCAAGGCAGUGGUUCAGAUGGAAGGUGACAAUAAGCUGGUGACAACUUUUAAAGGCAUCAAGUCUGUGACCGAACUCAAUGGCGACAUAAUCACCAACACCAUGACACUGAAUAACAUUGUCUUUAAGAGAAUCAGCAAGAGAAUUUAG